CCAAAGCCCACCUGCUUGCAAUACCGUGGUCAGAUCCUGUUGGGACUAGGCCACGCCACUUGGUCUCAACUUUCUGUCGUCCACCCUCGUUGUGCAAAGACCGUUAGACGACAUCGCCAAUAAGAUUUAUACCGUCAUUUCCCUGCAGUGGAUGUGAACAUACCGCAAUGAAGAUGUCCCUUACAAUGAAAUCAGCAACUCAACCGCAGAACCUGACGUGGACAAGUUCACCGGGGCACACGCGCAAGAAGGCAUUCUCGCGACGGUCCCGCAACGGGUGCCGAACCUGCCGAGCUCGCCGGGUCAAGUGCGACGAAACACCGGGGACGUGCGACAACUGCUCGCGGACCGGACGGCAGUGCGAAUAUGAUCUGCACCGGAUUCCCGAGCGCGCGCGCCCCGGCAGCGUCGCUGCGCCGGCGGCCCAGAUCUCGCUGCCUUGGAAGAUGACCUCGGACGAACGGCGAUGCCUGUCGUUCUUCCAGCACCGCUCGGUGCCCCAUCUGGUGGCCUUCUUCGACUCCCCGCUGUGGCAACGCCUGAUUCUGCAGCUCUGCUACCACGAACCCGCCGUCUUCCACGCCGUGAUCGCCCUGGGGGCCGUGAACCAGGCGUAUGAGAUCGAGGGCGGUCGGCAGCGACGAGUGCGACAAGCUUCCCUGCCGCAGCAGCAGCAGAAAGACGAGCACCGUGGCCAGGAUCCAUGGCACCUGUUCGCCCUCGAACAAGCCAGCCGGGCCAUCGCCAAGCUCAACGAGCGACGCCAGUCGGCGGACCCGCACUUCCAACGGGUGAUCCUGGCCUGCUGCCUGCUGUUCGUCAUGUGCGAGCUGCUGCACAAGAACCUCAGCCGGGCGACCUUCCACAUCCAAUGCGGGCUGCACAUCCUGCGGGGCAUGAACGUCCGCCGGCAGAGCGGCGGCCUGACUUUCAUCGUGGCCGACGGGACCAACCCGUACCGGGUGGAGGAAUGCGUGGUCGAUGCGUUCCUGGGGCUGCAGAUGUGCGCCAUCUUCUACGGGACCAAGGACCCGCUGCACUUCGACACGGAGCUCGUCUACAACCAGCCCUACCACGACCUCCACCUGCACCGGGCGUUCCGCGAUCUGGGGCAUGCCCGCCAGAUCCUGACCCCGCUGCUCGACACGAUGGCCCUCUUCGUCGCCCAGGGCUGGUACCUCAGCGACGCCGAGAUCGCCGCCCGCUACGCUGCCCUGCACCACCAGCAGCACCGCCUCCUGGCCUACUUCACCCGCUACCUCCACCUCCUGACCGAGUUCAGCCACCGCACCCUCCAACGCAGCACCACCACCACCACGACGAUGCCCAACCCCGAGCACCAAAAACUCACCCGCGAAGCCCAGAUCAUGCGCCUCUCCUGCCUCUACUCCCUCCUCGCCAUCAAGAUCGCCCUCUUCAGCAAGGAGCGCCCGCUGCCCACCCGCCUCCUCCCGGACUUUGUCACCGUCCUCACCGCCGCCGAGGCGGCCAUCGCCCAAUUUACCGGAGCAGCAGCAACAGCAACAGCAGCAACAGCAACAGCAACAGCAAACCGCCCCGCCAUGACCGCCCGCCCGGGGAUCGUCCCCGCCCUAUGCGUGGCCACGAUGCGGUGUCCGGAUUUCGGGCUGCGGUGUCGCGGGAUCGCGGCGUUGCGGGGCUGGGACGCCCAGGAGGCGUUUAUGGGGGCGGCGUUCAAUGCCGAUCUGAUGGAGGAGGUCAUGAAGGUGGAGUUGUUGAUCCGGUAUCGCGCGGGGGAGGAGGAGAAGGAGGGGGCGUUGGAGGGGGUGAGGUUCGAGAUGGGUCCGGGGAGGAGGGAUGCUGCCAGCGUCGGUUGCGGCGGUGGUGGUGGUGGUGGUGGUGGUGGGGGGGGUGAAGGGAACGGCGGCCUCCGCCCCGCCGUGGCGCGGAUCGAGUACCGCGGGAGCGACGGGGUGGAGCGCGUGCAGCGGGUCCCGUUGGUGCGGAAUGAGGCGCUGGCGGCGGAGCUGCGCGCGAUCGACGGGUCGGCCGACUGGCCGUGCGUGCGGUAUCUGCAGCUGUUGGACCAUUUGUAG